AUGCUGAUUUCCUUCCUUCCUUCCAUCCUUCCUUCCUUCCUUCCUUCCUUCCUUCCUUCCUUCCUUCCUUCUUCCUUCUUCCUUCCUUCCUUCUUCCUUCUCUUCCCUUCUUUCUUUCUUUCUUUCUUUCUUUCUUCCUUCCUUCCUUCCUUCCUUCCUCUCUUCCUUCCUUCCUUACUUUUUUCUUCUUUCCUCUCUUCCUUCCUUCCUUCCUUGCUUCCUUCCUUCUUUCCUUCCUUCAUUCCUUUCUUCCUUCCUUCCUCUCUUCAUUCCUUUCUUCCUUUCUUCCUUCCUAUGCCGAUUUUCUUUCUUUGGCCGCUAAUUUUAUUUCCAUCAUUCUUACAUUCUUUCGGUUUUCUUUCUUUCUCUCUUUCUUUCCUUUCUUUCUUUCUUUCUUUCUUUCUUUCUUUCUUUCUUUCUUUCUCCUCUGUUCCUAUUCUUUCUUUCUUUCUUUCUUUCUAUGCCGAUAUUCUUUCUUUCUUUGUUCAUUUCAUUUUUUCAUUUUUCUUUUUCUCUCUUUUUUCUUUCUUUCUUUGCCGAUUUUCUUUGUUCCGUCCAUUCUUUCUUUCUUUCUUUCUUUCCUUCUUUCUUUCUUUGUAUAACAAUGCCUAUUUUUUUUCUCCUUCUUUCUUUCGUUUUUAUUUUUUCUAUGCCGAUUUCUUUCUUUUUUCUUUCUUUCUUUCUUUCUUUCUUUAUUUAUUUAUUUAUUAUUUUUUCUUGAUAUGCCGAUUUUCUUUCUUUCUUUCUUUCUUUCUUUCUUUCUUUCUACACUGA